CCUUACUGGCUCGUACCCACGAUAAUAACGUUUUCCCUUUCUUUUUACUUCCAAUUGCCUCCCUUUCUCUGCCAAAGACUCCCUACGCAAACGGAAAAAAAAAAAAAACUAUUCUGAAUCCAAAGUCCCCGAAUGUCUAACCCUAACCCUAACCCUAACAUCUACAUUGUAGUAGAUCAAGAAUCAGAAGAAGAUUCCGAAGAAACUGAAGAAAGCGAAGAAGAUUCCGAAGAAGAAGAACAAGAAGAGUCCAUUCCAGUGAUGGAGUCGCCUAGGGUAUCCGGCAAGGACGGAGAGAAAGGGGUAGAAGGGAGGAUUUGUUCGAGUUUGGGAGAGAGUGGGGAAAAUUCUCAAGGUAAAGAAUGGAAUCGUGGCGACAUUGAUGGGUUGUUUUGCCCCAUCUGUUUGGAAGCUUGGACUACAAUCGGUGACCAUCAUGUCUGUUGUCUUCCUUGUGGGCACAUAUUUGGUUUUUCAUGCAUCUGUAAAUGGUUACAACAACGUGGAACUACAAGAAAGUGUCCUCAAUGUAACAGGAAAUGCACCUUAAAGGAUGUAAGGAAAUUGUUUGCAUCAUGGGUUGUUGCUAUUGAUGGAGAAUCACAACAGAUAAUUCGAUCUCUUAAAGCUAAGUGCAUCUCUCUUGAAAAGAAGAGUGCUGAUUUGAGUAAUAAAGAUGCUGAAUGGCGAAAGAGAGAAGUUGAGUGGAAAAAGAGAGAAGCUGUGUUGCAACAAGAACUUCACCAGCUUAAAGAGAAAACAAAUUUUUUGGAGCAAUUAUUGGAUGUGCAGAGUGGGAAAUCAGGACGUGCACCUUCAAUGGGAGGCUAUCAAGUACAAUCUCUUGGGCACAGCCCAGGCUCAGAGUUCAAUGGGCAAGGACCUUUCAUUUUGCAGAAAGAGCUGAAGGUGGAUGGUGCACGGCUAUUUGAUGUAGAUGCUUCAAGUGAAAUUUUAUUAAUGACACGAAGACUGCAAGGGUUGGGUGGAACACAUGUUCUUACCAAAAUGAGCUUGGUAGUGCCAUAUGAGAGACAAGACAUUUCAUUGCCUUAUGGUACCAAAGCUGUAAGGGAUCUGCGCAUUUGUCCCUUUGGUCGUAGCUUGGCGCUUUUUGCUUCCUUAGGAAAGAAAUUAUCAGUUCUCAGCACAGAAAGCAACAAUGUUAUCCUUGCCUAUGAUCUACCGGCUGCUGCUUGGUCGUGUUCAUGGGAUCUCAACAAUUCACAUCAAAUAUAUGCUGGGCUGCAGAAUGGCUCACUUUUGGUUUUUGAUUUGCGCCAAACUGCAAGGCCUAUGGAAUCUGUGAACGGGCUGACAAGCAACCCAGUUCAUACCAUACACUCUUUACACAAUUCAAUUGCUCCUUCACGUGUUACAGCCAUUCUAUCAGCAUCCUCAGUUGGCAUUUGUCAGUGGAGCUUUGGUGGUUCUGAGGAAAGGCCAUUUUUGCUUUCGGAGACUGGCUAUCAAGGAGUGUGUAUUUCUCUUUCUUAUUGCCCUAUCAGUGAUAACAUUAUUGCUUCAUAUCGCCCAAGAAUCGACUUUCCUAAUGAGAUGGCAUCUUCUCAACCCCUACUGACUCCACUUAUCGGACGAGGGGUUCAGGGUUCCCAUGUUCAUUUGAAGAGAGCUGGAAGCAACAGUUAUCAGAAGUUGGGUGUUACAUGUGCCAAUGUCAAUGAUAUUCGGUUGCCAAGGUCUACAAUUAUGAACAUAGAGAAUCAUGGGUGUUUGUUUGCAUCAGGGGAUGAACUUACCGGUGAAUUGGUCUUGCAAGAGUUGCCAUCUUUUACUGUUGUUCAGCGUCUUAAAUUGCCAAAGCAUCCUAUUCAUGAUGUGAAGUAUGCGCAAGCCUUCAAUGGUGGUUUGCUAGGUUGUUUAAGUGAGGAUAUAUUGCAACUAUUCAGGAAUCGUGAUCUAAAAUAGGUGAACUUCAUUUCUGUAGUUGUUUCAGGUUACCUUUUCAGAUGGCAACUGGGAAUCUGUUGAAAAGAACACCAUUUUUAGUGAUGGUAGGCUUAGGGCUAUCUGAUGGUUGGGAGAGUAUUGCUAUGAUGACUGCCUUGUACAUGAGUGCAGGUUUCUGAACGUUCCCAGAGGCGAUCAAUUCCCAUAGUUUACUCGUUCCCUGAAUAAUAGGGGUAAUCCUCAAUUUUGUAAUAGCUUUUCUAAUUUUAUUUUUCUUUUUAAACCUUUUUGAGCAAGUGAGCAUUCUUUUUUGUCAACUCCAUUUGCUUAUUUUGUAUUAUAGUUAUACAUUGCAAUCACUAGAUGGUUUAGUUAAAUGGAACCUUACGAACAGCUAUGUAUAGUAACAAUAUUGUUAUAUAUAGUUGCUAAUAUCCGAAUGUGCUUAA